UAGCAUGUGGAUGGUGAGGACUCCUGAGAACGUGGCUGGCUGGCGGUCCUGCUGUUCAUCCAGCUGCUUAACGCCGUCCACGAAGUUCGGCCUUUGGACACUUCUGCUUGCCUGAGACAAUGGAGGUCGUGCGGGGUCCAGCUCUGUUUGCUCGCGAUCCCGAAUCAGCAAGUACACAACCAGGACGUUGGUGAGGUGCUUGGCCGUCCAUGGUGUGCAUGCACGUGCCUCGCGAGAGACAAAGGAGGAGGUGAUACGAGGUGCCCCAGAUCAGGACACUCAGGACAUUCCUGUGAGCUCCCCGCAGUCCCCGAGCCUCUGCGCCCUGACCUGCCUGGCCAGCUCCCCGACAUCCCGGAGCUCCCAUUACUCGGCUGUGGAGACGUGACCCGAGGCCUGCCCCAGAACUGCGGCGGGACAGAGCGCGAAUGGCCUUCACGUGGUUGGCCCUCCAUGAGCCUGGCCGCUGGCUCAAGGUUGCUCGGAACUCCGUGUGCUCAGGGCUCUGCCCGUCCUGUGACCGCUGGAUUGGCCCUGCACAGGGAUGCGUCCUCCUGGGCCCCACGGACAUGUGUGGGUGGCGCGUGUGGCAGGUGCUGCCCAGGAGUCCUCCCUCUCAGACGCCGUGUGGCCUCCAUCCUGCAGCAGCAGGGACGGCCUGGCGACCUGCAGCCUCCACCCAGCCCGUUACUUGGCACCAGAUCAUUCCGUUUGGUCGAGGAGCCCGGGGGAGCCCCCGGGUCAUGGUGCCAACCUUCUGGCGCCCUCUGCAUUCCUGUCGCCUCCGCGCCUCCUGGUCCCCUCUGCCAGUUCACGCUGCUCCAAGCCCAGUGACACUCACAGCUUCUGGCCUGACCUGGGCCUGCCCCAGGCUCCCCGUCCACUCCCCGGCACUGCUCCUGUUCCUCCUCCAGGCUGAACGGUGCCAUUUCCACAAACUCUAGCCAGAGACCUGGAGGUCCUGCCUGGCUUCUGUCUCCCAGAACUGCCAGCCUCCACACCGGCCUCCACACGGGCCUCCACGCUGCCCUCCUUGCCUUCAAGCUCUCCAGCUCCACCUCUCCCUCCCAGGUGGGACUCUGAACUUUGUCUUGUCCCUGGGCGGAUACCCGACCAGAGUGCAGGCUGAGCGCCAGGCCCGGUUCCAUUUGAACCCGGGUGGUCUCUGUCCCAACCCAGCCUCCACGCAGCCGCCCGCAGAGCCCGGCUUUGUAGCUAGUCCUGACCCACCCUGCUCCUGGCCCCAGCCUGGCCCCAUGGCCGCCUCACCCGUACAGCUGUGGCCGCCCGGAAGGGACAGAGAAGAUGUGGAUGCCGAGCAAUGCCCGCCUCCCUAUGCCUAGGGCCUGACCUCGCAUCUCACCACCCAGAGCCCGUGACCAGACCAACCAGUGGCUCAGAUGCUGGGACGGCCAGCAAGGACCUCCUGUCCUGGGCGCCUGCCCGCCACCCCCCAGCAGCCCCAGGGGCACUAGCCCCUGCCCACAGCUGGCCCGCGGCCCCGCAGGGAUCGGGUGUCUUUUCCCAGCCAUGUGGGCGGCCUGUGCGCAGCUGCAGACGGGCUAUAUUUAGCCUCAGCUUUAGUGAGCUCAGGGUGGCAGACGGCUGCCUGGGGGGCCCCCUCCCGCGUGUCUGUGCUGACGCGGUCUGUCCCUGUGUGCAUGUGCGUGUAUGCCCAUGCACUUGUGCGUGCUCCUCGGCGUGCACAUGAACACAUCUAUGUUGUGCCGGGGGCAUCCUCAGCCUCCUACACGGGGGCCUGAGUGGGAACAAAAUACUUGUUCAUGACUUUGUUUGAAAAAUACUUGGUGAGCAUCUUCCCUACGCUGGCAUCUGGACAGCCUUUGGGGACUAUGUGGAGCAUGAACAAACCCUGUCCCUGGCUGGGGGACACGGCACAGCUGGGAGGAUGGAGGAGUUGAUGAGUGCAGACACCACAGAGCCUACACUAUGAGGCCGGGUCCCAGAACAGAGAGCCUCCGUGCUUUUGCCAAGAGGAGAGGGAGGCCGGAAGCCCCGCCCCCCUGCCCCCCCCCCCGGGGUGGGGGUGGGGGUGGGAAGGACCACUGAGGCUUCAGGAGCAGCAUGAAGAAGAGUCGGGGCUUGGGGAGCAGAAUGUGCAAAGACCCCAUGGUGAGAGGACGAAGGAGAGGCUCGAGAACCAUCCUGCGGCCUAGUGCCGGAGCUCAGGGGGGAGGAGAACUGUACCGGGUUUCCUUGAGAAGACAGAGGUUCCCAGCCCAGGGAAGCAUCGAGAUCCAUGAAGACAGUGAGGAAGGCUGCCCACAGCGCUCCUGCAAGACACAUGUCCUCCUGCUGGUGCUGCAUGGGGGCAACAUCCUGGACACGGGUGUGGGCGACCCGUCCUGCAAGGCAGCCGACAUCCACACCUUCACCUCCGUGCUGGAGAAGGUCACGCGGGCCCACUUCCCAGCAGCCCUGGGCCACAUCCUGGUCAAGUUUGUGCCCUGCCCUGCCGUCUGCUCGGACGCCUUCUCACUCGUCUCUAACCUGAACCCCUACAGCCACGAUGACGGCUGCCUCGGCAAUAGCCAGGACCAUGUCCCUCUGGCUGCACUGCCCCUGCUGGCCAUCUCGUCUCCACGCUACCAGGAUGCGGUCGCUACUGUCAUCGAGCGGGCCAACCAGGUCUACACAGAGUUCCUCAAGUCCCCUGAUGGUAUCGGCUUUAGUGGGCAGCCUGCCUGCUGUCCUCCGGCUGACCCUGGCUGCAGAACGAGCACCUGUCUCCCAUCGGGUCUCCCUCUGUGUCUCACGGGGACAGGUUCCUCAGUGUCCCCUGGACAGGUGUGUCUCAUCGGGGACUGUGUGGGCGGCCUCCUGGCCUUUGAUGCCAUCUGCUACAGCGCGGGGCCCUCAGGGGACAGCCCAGGCAGCAGCAGCCGGAAAGGGAGCGUCAGCAGCACGCAGGACACCGUCGCGGUGGAUGAGGCGUGCAGUCUGGCCAGCAGUAAGCGUCUCAGCAAAAGCAGCGUUGAUGUCUCCAGUGCACCAGAGGAUGAGGAGCCCCCAAGGCCAUUGCCGCGGAAACAGAGCGACUCCUCCACGUAUGACUGUGAGGCCAUCACCCAGCAUCACGCCUUCCUGUCGAGCAUCCACUCCGGUGUGCUGAAGGACGAGGCCGAGCCUCCUGCGGCCGGGGGGUCCCAGCCGCCCGAGGUCAGCCUGGGUCGCUUGGACUUCGACGUGUCCGACUUCUUCCUCUUCGGCUCACCCCUGGGCCUAGUCCUGGCCAUGCGGAGGACGGUGCUGCCCGGGCUGGACGGCUUCCAGGUGCGUCCUGCCUGCAGCCAGGUCUACAGCUUCUUCCACUGCGCGGACCCCUCGGCCUCGCGGCUCGAGCCCCUGCUGGAACCCAAGUUCCACCUGGUGCCGCCCGUCAGCGUCCCGCGCUACCAGAGGUUCCCGCUGGGCGAUGGACAGUCCCUCCUGCUGGCCGAUGCCCUGCACGCCCACGGCUCCCUGUUCCUGGGGUGCAGCUCACAGGACAGCCCACCGCUUCCCGACGCCCCCGCCUCGUCUCCCCCAGUUCUGAGGGCCCAGCGCCCGGGCCGCAGGGUGAGCCAGGACAGCUCCCAUAGCGAGAGCUCAGGGUCCUCGGACAGCCUGGCCCCGGUGGGCGCCUCCCACAUCACAGCCAGGUGGUGGGGUGCCAAGCGCAUCGACUAUGCCCUGUACUGCCCCGACGUCCUCACGGCCUUCCCCACUGUGGCCCUGCCCCACCUCUUCCACGCCAGCUACUGGGAGUCCACAGACGUGGUGGCCUUCAUCCUGAGACAGGUGAUGCGCUACGAGAGCGUGGCUGUCAAGGAGAGUGUGGGCCUGGAUGCUGCAGCGCUGAGCCCCGCCAACCCCCGUGAGAAGUGGCUCCGUAAGAGGACCCAGGUCAAGCUGCGGAACGUGACUGCGAACCACCGGGCCAAUGAUGUGAUAGCGGCCGAGGACGGCCCCCAGGUCCUGGUGGGGCGCUUCAUGUAUGGGCCCCUCGACAUGGUGGCUCUGACUGGAGAGAAGGUGGACAUCCUGGUGAUGGCGGAGCCGUCCUCGGGCCGCUGGGUACACCUGGACACGGAGAUCACCAACAGCAGCGGCCGGAUCACGUACAGCGUGCCGCGGCCCCGGCGCCUGGGUGUUGGCGUCUACCCGGUGAAGAUGGUGGUCAGGCAGGUGCCUUUCAGGGGUGACCAGACCUUUGCAAUGAGCUCCCUCACGGUGCUGCCCAGGGGCAUGGAGUGUGUGGUGUUCAGCAUUGACGGGUCUUUUGCUGCCAGCGUGUCCAUCAUGGGAAGUGACCCCAAGGUCCGGCCAGGGGCGGUAGACGUGGUACGGCACUGGCAGGACCUGGGCUACCUGAUCCUGUACAUCACGGGGCGGCCAGACAUGCAGAAGCAGCGGGUGAUGUCAUGGCUGUCGCAGCACAACUUCCCACAGGGCAUGAUCUUCUUCUCGGACGGGCUGGUGCACGACCCGCUGCGGCAGAAGGCCAUCUUCCUGCGGAACCUGGUGCAGGAGUGCUUCAUCAAAAUCAGCGCGGCUUACGGCUCCACGAAGGACAUCUCUGUGUACAGCGUGCUGGGGCUGCCGCCCUCCCAGAUCUUCAUCGUGGGCCGGCCCUCCAAGAAGUACCAAACCCAGUGCCAGUUCCUGAGCGAGGGCUACGCCGCGCACCUGGCGGUGCUGGAGGCCGGCCACCGCGCACGCCCCAAGAAGAACAACCCGCGCAUGGUCCUGCGCAAGGGCAGCUUCGGCCUCCACGCUCAGCCAGAGUUCCUGCGGAAGCGCAACCACCUGCGCAGGACCAUGUCCGUGCAGCAGCCAGACCCGCCCGCCAACCCCAAGCCCGAGCGGGCGCAGAGCCAGCCGGAGUCUGACAAGGACCACGAGCGGCCCCUGGGUGCGCUCAGCUGGGCACGCGGGCCCCCCAAGUUCCAGUCGGUGCCCUGAAGGCAGGGCUGUGCGUGGAGCAGGGGGGUGCCCUGCCAGCUGCCUGCGGGCCGGGAGGGGCAGCUGUUCCCUGAGACAGGCCUUUUCCUGCUUUUUCCCUCCCGUGUCUGUCCAGAAGUGUCCACCCGAGGCGGGGAGCAACCCUGCCGCGUGUGGGGCGCGGGGCUCCCCCGGCUGAGGGGUAGGGGCGGGACCCCAGGGUCUGUGCGCAGCCGCGGCUGCCUCCCUGUGCGGCGCCCGUGGCCACAAGCCCCUGUCAGGGCCGGUGUGUGUGUGACCCUGGGGGCUGGGCUGCCCGUGGCAGGAGGGCUUGACCAAGUCGACCAUCCUGCAGGUCCCGAGGCUUCAGAGGUGCCAGGUGGGCCCUGGAGGGAGAAGCCCCCAGACCAGGGGCCAUCGGCCGCUGGCAGGUGCAGCCUCCCGGUGGGCUGAGGGAAGGACGAGGGGUGCUCCUCAUCCUGGACCCCAAUUUCCCGUGGCCGAGGAGCCACUUUGUGGGCAUGAGAGGAUAUCCCCAGGGUCCUCCUGCAUUUGCGGUGUCCAUCCGAGGCUGGGGGGGUGGGGUCUGGUGCUGAGGGUCUGUCCUCCUGCAGCUGUCCAUUGCCCCCAUGUCACCCUUGGUGUUGUCACCAUUUUCCCGCAGCGGCCUGUGAGGACAGUGGUUCCUAUUCCCAGGGCCGGGGGUGGGGGUGGUCCCUGCCUGGCAUCUUCCCCAUGAGGCUGCAGCCCUGGGGUCCGGCCCAGCUGGGAGCCUACCCUGGCCCUCCCUGGGCCCUGCCUCCUGUUCAGAACUGGACGGGUCCCCCCACGAGGCUGGUAUGGAUUUGUGACUCCAGGCAACCUUGCAACUGAGCUCCCCGAGUGUUUGCGGCCUCGGAGGCCCUCAGUCAGUGCACAACCUUGCACGCAGCCUGCAAGAGGGGCCCUGGGGACUCAGGGGGAGGGAGGCGGACAGCCCGUGUACUUGCACUGAUGCCCCCACCACAUGUCCCUGGAAGGGGGACAGGGCCCCAGAGGGCUGCGACCGGGCUCAGCCUCCCCAGCUCUGCUCACACUGGCUUCCCCCUGUUGGUUCCUGGGGCCACAGAGAUGCCAGCACGCUGGGGCCUUCGUGUGAUUUUGGCUCAAACUGUUGUACUCCCUUCCAUCCCGCUGCUCCUGGGCUUGGUGUGGUGCCCUACGCUCACCCUGGCGAGGCCCCUGUGUUGGCAGGGCCUGGCUCCCGGGGUUGCGGAGGGGGCUCAGAGCCUGCCCAUGCUGUCCUGCUGCAGAGGCCCUGUGUGCCCAGCAGCCCCUGCUCUGGGCCCCUCGGGCCAUCCCCGAGCGGGUGCAGCGCCUCCUCCUCCAGGCCUAUGUCUGUCGUCCGUCCGGUGGGGCUGCCCCAGAGCCCAAGACACCCGUCCGCAUCCACAGCCGGCAUCCCCGUGGGCCCCGUGUCGCUUCCGCCCAGUGUCUACCUCUUGCAGCUCCCGAGUGGCCUGUGUGCUCCCCGACGGCGGCGGCUGCUGGUGGGAGCAGCCGGAACACCCUGUGAAUUGCCCGGCAGGUGGGUGCCCUGCGGGCCGAAGGGGUCCAGCUCCCGCCACCGCCCCACUACCACACCACACGUCUUCUCUAGGCCGUUAGCGCCUGAGCCUGAGCAGCUUCAUCUGUGGCCCUGCGCCUGGCAGCUGGGUGCGUGGCUGUCCCUUCCACAGCCACUCCGGGGGCUCUCGAGGCGCCCGCUCCCCAGGUGCAGCCACUUCUACCCUCACCCUUCCCACCUGUUCCCACGUCCGCCCUGGGUGGAGUGCGGGCGGUCCUUGCCCUGAUCCUGAUGCUGCACCCCGUCCCUGGGUGAAGCUGCCGAUGUUGGCCUGGGUGGUAAAGUCCUCAGGAGAUGUUGCUUCUUCCUGAGUUAGGCUUCCUCUGCCCCGCGACGCCAGGCUGGGAGGGAGGACGGAGAAUGCCAGGCCCCCCAGGGAGGCUGCAGCCCACGAGCCGGUUCUGUCUGUCUGGGUCCCAUGGCCUGCGGUCUAGAGCUGGGGUGGCUGCCCCUGUCCUUCCUGGAGUUCCCUGCUUGCAGGACUCACGCCUGCCUGGCUGCUGGAGGGACGUGGUACCCAGGGGCCACCAGCAACCCCAUGGGGGUGCCAGCGUGGCUGCUCCCACGGCAACUCCGCGACCCAUGCGCACUCCCUGCACCAGUGGUUUGUUCACUUUCAUCCGUCUACUUCCAUAGGAGAGAAACAAAGGGGGGGGGGUGCUGCUGCUGUUCCCUGCCCUGCCCCGUGACCCGGUGUGGCCAUGUCCUAGAGGCCCUGUCCUAUUCCCGUCCGCCGGCUCCCGGGCCCUGGAACCUGUCUUCCUGCCUGACCAAAGCUCCUUGUUCCCAUGUGGCAUGUUUGUUCUUCCCGACGUGGGGGGGGGGGGGGCUGUUCCUGUGGGAGGGCCUGCCUGCUGCCUCCUCUGCACGCACCCUGGCGGGCGGGGUGGUGGUCAGGGUGCCUCCUCUGAGGAUUUGCACUCCCUUCGGCUCCACAAAACACAUUUAGGAAAAUAGAAUCUCUCCGUGUGUGGGGAUGCCUGGGCGUGGGGCGGCUCCAGAGGUGGUGGUGGUGGGGGGUUGGCUCUCUGAAAGGGUGGGGAGCUGCAACUCGUGGCCCUCAAGCUCUAUCCUAAUGACCUUGGAGCCCAGAUUGAGUACAACCCACCCCCCCAUGUGUCCUCCAGGCAAAACGUGGCGCCAAUUUUUCAGAGAAAGCAGGUGGUGCGGGUUCAGCAUGGACACUCCCCACCCAGCCCAGGUGCCACCGGGCCUGGAGGGGGCACCCUGACAGCGGAGGAGCCCCGCAGCCUGACCCCGCCUUAAAUAACCAACGUCCUCGCCCAUUCCCGGGGGUUUGGGUGCCAAGUGCUCUGCAAACCUGUUUUCUCUGGCUCAGCCAAAAGACACAACCCCUCCCCCUUCCCCUGACCUCUGGGCUUGGCGCAGGGUGGGGGGUGGGGUGGGGGGGAUUUUCCUUAAAAAUCACAGCUAGGGUAAAUGCAGGCCCUGGGAUGGCCAGGAGGAAACAGGCUGACCCCACCCUCACUGCAGUGGACCGGUGGUGGGUGACGUCAGGGAGGGGCAGGAUGGGAGGUGGCUCACUGUGGGGGGGCCGCCCCUCCCCCCGGAACCCCACUGUGCUUCUCUGUUCGCUCCAUGGUGGCAGCCUGUCUGGUCUCAUCCGUUGUCCGAUGGUUCCUCCGUGUGACUCAGUGUUACCCGUGGUGGACGGUCCUGUGCUCCAAGACGGUUUCUCCUCUUCCUCAUGGCUGCCUUGUACAAACAUCCGUUAGAAAAAGAAAUUGUAAAAUACCAGAUUUCUAACAAGAUGCACACACGGCAUUAAUGGCGUUCGGAGAUUUUUACACCCGGUCUUGUUUUUGACGUGAGCUGGUUUUUACUCUCGAAUGUUGUCACUGAAAUAAAAACCUUCUUUGCCUUUAAA